GAACAUGACCCAUCACUUCCGGUCACUCAUAUCAGGUGCUACAGGUAAUCCCUCACUCUGCUCCGCAUAGCCCAUUGGAUCUUUAAUGUGACACAGCUAGACAGCAGGUCUCUCGCUCGGACUGUAUGCUGAGAGCCGUGAAGUCGCAGGAGGAUAUCGGCUGCAGGCUUGCGGGGCUCAUCUGGACCCAUGAGUAAGCAAAUCCAAACGGUGUGCCGAUCAUAGAGCGGGGGGGACGGCGGAGGAUUGUCUCACACGUCUACCUAAGGACAUUACGUAGGUCCACAGUGCAUAUCUCUCUCCCUUGCGGUGGGAGUGUUUUCACGCAGCAUUAGGCGAACAGAUCUUUGUCACAUCGCGACCACCUGCGCGUGAGUACCGGCAAGAAACAGAGAAAAAAGGCGGUGGCUGUUUAGACGUGCGGAGCUGAAGAAGAGAAAAAUAAGCAACUGAGAGAAUCUGAGGGUCCGGUCGUAUACUUACACAAGAAACCUCGCAGUCCCAAUCCGCCCCAACGUCACCGGCAAGGCAUGUCGACCACCGGGGAAGUACCAGCCUUCUUCAAAAGCAUGGGCUCCGACAGCCCUUCCAGGCCCAGGCAGAAAUUCUGUGGCAUGUUCUGCCCGGUGGAGGGCUCCUCGGACAGCAAGACGCUGGACUUUGACGCUCUGUCGGCGUGCAGGGGCAAGAGUGACGGGCGAGUCAUUGACCGGCAGACCGACAUCUCCCAGCCGCGGAAGGUGGAGAUCAGGGAGAGCACGGGGAAAGAAGCUCUGCAGAACCUGGACGAUAAAAGGAGUGACCGUCUCCUCAUCAAAGGAGGGAAGAUCGUGAACGAUGACCAGUCCUUCUGCGCUGACAUCUACAUGGAGGAUGGAGUCAUCAAACAAAUCGGGGAGAAUCUCAUCGUGCCCGGCGGGGUGAAAACCAUCGACGCCGGCGGCCGCAUGUUGAUGCCGGGCGGCAUCGACGUGCACACGCGUUUCCAGAUGCCCGAUCGAGGCAUGGUGUCUGCCGACGACUUCUACCAGGGCACCAAGGCUGCGCUGGGCGGAGGCACCACCAUGAUCAUCGACCACGUGGUUCCUGAGCCCGGCGUGAGCCUCAUCUCGGCCUUCGAGCAGUGGCGCGAGUGGGCCGACAGCAAGUCCUGCUGUGACUACUCGCUGCACGUCGACAUCACAGAGUGGCACAAAGGCAUCCAGGAGGACAUGGAGGCGCUGGUGAAGGAUCACGGUGUCAACUCUUUCCUGGUCUACCUGGCUUAUAAGGAUGUUUUCCAGCUAUCGGACGCUCAGGUGUACGAGGUGUUCAGUGUGAUCCGCGACCUGGGAGCCAUCGCCCAGGUGCACGCUGAGAAUGGAGACAUAGUCGCCGAGGAACAACAGAGGAUCCUGGAGCAGGGGAUCACUGGGCCUGAGGGACACGUGUUGAGCCGGCCUGAGGAGGUGGAGGCGGAGGCUGUGAAUCGCUCCGUGACCGUGGCCAAUCAGACCAACUGCCCCCUCUAUGUCACAAAGGUGAUGAGCAAGAGUGCUGCUGAUGUCAUCGCCCAGGCCAGGAAGAAGGGCACUGUGGUCUACGGGGAGCCGAUCACCGCCAGCCUGGGAACAGACGGCUCUCACUAUUGGAGCAAGAACUGGGCCAAGGCAGCGGCCUACGUCACCUCCCCCCCCCUUAGCCCCGACCCAACCACACCAGACUAUCUCAACUCCCUGCUCUCCUGCGGCGACCUGCAGGUGACGGGAAGCGCACACUGUCCCUUCAACACGGCGCAGCGCGCCGUGGGCAAAGACGACUUCAGCCUGAUCCCCGAAGGCGUCAAUGGUACCGAGGAGAGGAUGUCCAUCAUCUGGGACAAGUGUGUGGUGACUGGUAAGAUGGACGAAAACCAGUUUGUGGGGGUGACCAGCACCAACGCCGCCAAGAUCUUCAACCUGUACCCGCGCAAGGGUCGCAUCGCCGUGGGCUCAGACGCCGACCUGGUGCUGUGGGACCCGGACGUCACCAAGAUCAUCUCUGCCAAGACCCACCACUCGACUGUGGAGUACAACAUCUUUGAGGGCACGGAGGUGCGCGGCGGUCCUCUGGUGGUCAUCAGCCAGGGCAAGAUCGUCUUGGAGGAAGGGAACCUCCACGCCACCGAGGGCUCGGGACGCUUCGUGGCCCGCAAACCCUUCCCCGACUACGUCUACAAGAGGAUAAAGGCUCGCAGCAGGCUGGCUGAGCUGAGGGGCGUGCCCAGGGGGCUGUACGACGGCCCGGUCUGCGAGGUGUCCGUCACCCCCAAGACCAUGACUCCUUCCUCCUCCGCCAAGACCUCCCCCGCCAAGCAGCCCAACCAGCCGGUCCGUAACCUGCACCAGUCUGGUUUCAGCCUAUCCGGCGCUCAGACCGACGACAACAUCCCCCGCCGGAACACCCAGCGCAUCGUGGCGCCGCCGGGCGGCAGGGCCAACAUCACCAGCCUGGGUUAGAGGUCCGCCCCCCUCGGGCCGCUGGGGAGGAGAACGAAAGAGAUCGGACAGAGGUCGGGCGGCCGACAGGAGCUGAGGGGUCCCGGCAAACCAGGGGGCAAUAUUCGCUGGGCGGCGGGGAGGGGGGCGGGGAGGGGGAGGGAGCCGCGCCCCUCCGUAGCACCUGGCCGCGCCAUCCGUCAGCCUCGAUCUCUCACCGCCUCCCGGCGGGCCCACGCUCCUCAUCCCCAAACCCCCCUCACCCCCCCAUCCCAGAGGACACCGUUAGAAACUAAGACGACAACAAGGAAAAGAAGAAAAAAAAAGAAAAAGAAAACACUCAUUUCAGCACUUUUGAAUGCAUUAUUUCAUUCAUUUUUUUUUUACGCCGUACUUCCUCCCUCCCACGUGUCCUGUUGACGUUUGUUUAAAUGUUGCUUUAAUAGGAGGCCGUCGAGAGACUAAACUGAAUUAACCCAGCUAAGAGAAGAGGGACGUUUUCAUUUCCACCCUUCCCUUUUCAUUUGGGAGAGGAGUCCUAAUGGGGCGUCGGUACAAAACCAAACGGUAGCUUGGUUUGGAAACAGUCUCACAGUUCAUUCAGCCGACAAGCUGUUGACUUAUACUUACACAUUAAACCUAACUUCACUUUCCACUACAUCCCCAUCCGUCACACCAUCAAUGAGAGGUUAUUCUUUUCAGAUGGAGGAGCUUCGGCAGGUCCUUAUUGGAGUUUGAGAAGUGGGAGAAAGGAAGGGAAAGAUUGAGAGGAAAGAAAGUUGUAAUCGCUCGUAGCUUGCAGCUCAACUCCUCUUCGCCUCCUUGUGAGAGAACUUUGCGAGAGGCUUUGGUUGAAAGCCUCUCGCAAAGCCUCCGUCUCUCACCUGAUCCCCGUCCAUCACCAUCCAGUGCAUUUACAUAACGAAUGUUUCCCCUCCUUCAAAUGGGACUGUUCACCAAAACCCCUCUCUUUCUUUUCUACUCUUUAUGUGCCUGAACCCACAGAAGUUGUACCGAUAGUUUUUAUUUCCUGUUUUGUUAUACUUAUUGAGGUUAGAGAGGGAUGUAAGAUAAUGAGAAAAUGAGAGAGAUGCAACAUAACGAGGGUGAAACCGAUUCAAAGGUGCCAGAUUUCACGCUUUCGUGGGGCCCGUCCUGUCGGCGGAGUCCCCGUAACGACGGAAAAAUGAAAUAUUCUAAUGUUUUAGGGUUUUUAACUUUGUCGUCAAACUGCUUUUUAGUGUCAUUCUGUAACUAGGUGCCCGAGGGCCGCGCACUAUUGAUUUACGCUUGAAAGUAGACACGAGCUGAUGUACUCCUGACUAGUGUGUGAGGGGCGGGACGGCGGCGGCAGCAAACGCCACUUGGUCACAGAAUGUGGAUGUGACUUUGCUUCCUGGCUGUACAUAAUUUUUUUUUCUGCAUGAUCUAGUUUUUAUUAAGCCAAGCGACUGCUAUCCGGUGCCAACGAGGCCUCAGAAACCAGUCACCACCUCUCUCUGGGCCCCCCCCCCCAGUGACUCAACACAGCGCAGCAGGCCUAGCGUGGACGUAGGGACCCGUUCCAUACACGCCGAUCAAGACUUCGCUCUGCUUUAGACCGCUUUGGCACACUUUAGACUUCUCGGAUGAAGACCAUCUACUGAACUACUCUCCUGCUAGUCGCCAUAGCAACACAUAUUUAUAUAUACACACACACACACAAACUACAUAAACGCUGUGUUUGCGCAUUCAACCUUGUUUUUCGAAGCUUCCUCCUCUCUGAUCUAACUGGACGCUCUAUAAAAGGUUGAGGUCUGUCAGCGUUAGCGAUGGUAUUUGUGUGUGUUUUUCUUUUUAGGGGUCCGAAGCCGGGGGGAAAUUAAGCCCAUGUCUGAAGCCACCCAAUCAGACAUGAUUGGAAUCUCCACGGCAACUUGUGCAUCACACAAGGUUUCUGUGAGUCAGGAAGUAGGGAGUUAGACCCCGUCUGUCUGACUACUGUUACCUCUUUUCCCUUUUUUUAUCAUCCUGAUUCACACAAGACUUAAAGUCAAAACACUCCUUAUAGACACUGUGCACACAUCAUAGUCCCUCCCACUACAAUAUUUCGGUGGGAGAGUAUGUAGGCGAUGGGAGGCGAAGUCCUCACUCAUAGAAUUUGGCAGCACAAGCGCAGCUCUUGUGAGGCUAACAGCACGCGUCACUUCGUCCCUUUAGCUUGUCUCUGUCAUUCCUUCCCUCCCUUCCUUCCCUCCCUCCCUCCCUCCCUCUCUGGCUCCUUCCUUGUUUCUGGCUGUUGCCGAGGCGACCGAUCCCUCCGCUCUCACGCACGGUGGGGGGGAGCUGCUUUUUUUUGUUUUGUCUUGGCAACGCUUGUCAGAUCGGAGGUUGCCCAUAGCAACUCCUUUUCCUGACCUGGUGCUUUAAGAACAGCUCUGCACCCUGACACACGUUUUUGUAAUUAUUCCGUGACAGCUGUGCAGCGUUUUCUCCGUGUCCUGCGCCGGGUUACGCGGCUUCCUGAAUCCCCGGGUUCACACAACAAACAGCCGUUGCUGUGAUGCAGAACCGGUGGCUGAAAGAAUUGACAUUAGAAACCAGAUGUCAAAGCUGGCAUCCCCGUCGUGUGUCCCGUGCCUCCUCAACACACACACACACACACACACACACACAGUUAUACUACUUUAAGUAGGGCCUUUUUCUAUGCCAUAUUAUGCUAAUGAUAACUGAGUGAAAUGUAUGUAUACGCAAUGUGCUGCAGGCUGAGACGAGCUUUCCUUCAGUCGCCCCUCAAACCCCCGCUCUCCCGCUCUUGUAAGCCCCCCCCCCCCUGUGAAAGUGCAAACUGUGUGAUGGUACAUGUCUUGAUGGCUGUAGGGUUUCUUGGAUGCUUGCUUAGAAUGGAAAAUGAUCCAGUCCCGUGAAUGGUGAUGUCAAAAAAAAAAAGAGCAAGGACUUCAGAGAAUUAAAAAAAAAUGAGAAAAAAGGGAUUCAAUCUCUGUUUCUUUUGUUUCGGACAUUUUAUGGGGAAGUCGUGAAAUGUGGACACUGAAGAAAACGAGCACACAGAGAAAACUAAAAUAAACUUCCUAGUUUGUGACUUCUAGGAUUCACUUUUCUUGGCCCACGGAGGUUAUAGUCACAAGUUACUGAUUAUUCUACGGCACCUUAUAUUUACUUGAAGAGGUCACCAAGCCUUUUA